CCAGAUAAUGCACAGCUCUUCCUGGAGAAGUUAAACUCCCUAGCACUAAUUUCAACAUUACUUCAUGUAAGCCUGAAGAUGAUAGUACUUUCCAUUCCUUACUUAGAACGCCGAUUCACAUUUUUCCGUUCCUUAUGGCUGAUAUGGUCAAUGCUGUUUGGGGCCGCGGUCAGCGCGGACAAUCCACGUGGGAUGGCCAGUCGAUUCAUGGCGAACAUUUGGGCGCUCUUUGCUCUGGUAUUCUUGGCAUCCUACACAGCAAAUCUGGCCGCCUUUAUGAUAUCAAAGGACGACUUCUACGACCUCAACGGGAUCAAUGACUGGCGGCUGCAGCAGCCGUGGAAUCACAAGCCGCCCUUCCGAUUUGCUACGGUACCCAACGGAGCGACGGAGGAGAACAUUAAGAUCAACUUCCCCGAGAUGGCCGCCUACAUGCGCACAUUUAACCGCACCACGGUUGUAGAAGGCCUCAAAUCACUCAAAGCUGGGUAA